CGAUUACCAUGCAACGGAGACCACCCCGCAAGGCUUGAAAGCCUGGUAGGUAUAAAGUACCGUUCGUAUUCAGAAUAUGUAAAACUCAAAUGCUUCUUAAUUCCAUACGUCGAACCCUACCGUCUACCACAUCUGCUCACUCUAUCUGGCCAUCAUACACCAGAGCAUUUCAAAACAUGUCGUCUGGAAAGCGCAUUGUCUUCACUGGCGGCUCAGGCAAGGCUGGCCGACACGUCAUCCCAUAUCUGCUAUCGAAGGGACACAAAGUGUUGAACCUUGACCUCAUCGACUUUCCCGACCCAAGUGCCGGAGUCUUCACAUUGAAGACUGACUUGACAAAAAGUGGUCAAGUGUUCAAUGCCCUGACCACCCACUUCAACUUUGAAGGCUACGAGGAGAAGAAUGUCCCCAGCCCGCCGGAUGCCGUCAUCCAUUUCGCUGCCUAUGCCAGGAACAUGCUGGUCCCUGAUGACGAAUGCUACGCAGCGAACGUGACAUCAACCUACAAUGUCAUUGAAGCCGCCUGCAAGCUGGGUGUACGGAAGAUCAUCAUUGCUAGUAGCGAGACUACUUACGAAGUGUGUUUUGGCCAGGGAGACAUUGACUACCAGUGCUUUCCCCUGACCGAAGACAUGGACUUGAACCCAAUGGACUCGUAUGCCAUCUCGAAGCUGUGCGGCGAGCGCGUGGCAAGAGGUCUUGCGCGCAGAUUCGACGCAGACAUCUAUGCCCUGCGCAUUGGAAAUGUGAUUGAGCCGCACGAGUACGAGCGCGACUUUCCCAAGUUCAUCAGCAAGCCCCAAAUCCGAAAGAGGAAUGCAUGGAGCUACAUCGACGCUAGAGAUCUAGGUCAGAUAUGCCACCUGGGUGUCGAGAAGGAUGGUCUUGGGUUCCAGGUGUUCAAUGCGACGAACGACAACAUCACGGCAACAUUCCCCACCAGGCAGUUUCUUGAGCAGUGGUGUCCGAAUACACCGAUUACAAGGGAGCUGGAGGAGUGGGAGGCGCCGCUGAGCAACAAGAAGAUUCGGGAUGUUCUGGGUUUCAAACAGGACCACGAUUGGAGGAAGUAUUACAACCCUGAGUCGUAAGGUUGAGGACGGGACAAAAAGUACUGUUGAAGUUUGUAUCAUAAUACUAUACCGCUAUACACAGCAAUUGUCACGUAUGAAAUCAGAGAAGUCGCGAUCUCCACAAUGCGGCUAGCGCAUCAGCCCACGCCUCCGAGCUCGGACGCGGUACCAUGCGACUGGGACUGCGUCGCGGAUUUUUUGUUGCUCAACCACUGCC